GAUGAAAAAGAGAAACAAACCAAGGAUGGGAAGGAUGGACCUAAAAGAUAAUCGAGUAAAGAAGUAAAGGAAAAAAGGGAAGCAUGAAGAACCUCCCACAACACCCUGGUUUGUUUUUACAAACAAAAUGUAGCAAGGGAUCUAAACUUCGCUCAAUUUCACUCUCAUUGGAUGCGCUCCUGGAUUAUAAUGACAAGGAUAUUGAGGAAUCAACAUUUGAGCUUUCAUUGUUUGCUGAGUCAACGUUUGAAAUGCUUCAGUACCAAAUGGGUUGUCGUCUUCUAGCAUUUCUUGAGGAUGCUUCCAAUCCAGAAAAUGGAAAUACAAUGCCUAAGGAGGAGGCUUCUGCAGCUGGUCUCGUUGAAUCAAAUAUGGAGGACAAUACUGAUGAAGAGGAUCCAGAGGAAGAUGUUGGUGAAUAUCAGGAAACGGAUGAUACUGUGCUAUCGGAUCCUCAUGAGGCAGGAAAUGAUGAAGAGGUAGCUGAUCUGCAAGGGAAAAGAGCAAUGAUCAAGUGGCUGAGUCAGAGAAGUCUGAUGCUGCCGCAAAGGAGUCGGUUGUUGAUAAAGAACUAUUACGGGCAUUUAGAUUCUUCAACAGGAACCGGGUGGGCUACAUCAAGAUAAACACCAUUGAAUGGUUCCUUUUGUCACUCGUCAGUUUAUCAUAAGCAUGUUAUUUAACUGCAGUUGUCAUAAGCUCACUUACUUGGCAGGUUGAAGAUCUGAGGUGGAUUAUUCACAACUUGGGGAAAUUCCUCUUCCACGGGGAUGUAAGACGUACAUCAUAGUGUGGCCCCAAAAUACCAUGUAAGUCAUUGCCACACAAUUCGCUUACCACCCCCCACAUGCUUCCAACCUCAGGAACCUCAGGAAGCUAGGUGAGGCACGCUAUGAAAUUUUGUGAAAAUUCGAUCCUGUCCAUCCGUUUAUUUGAGAUCAUGCUAAGACAUGGCCAAGAAUGAGCCAGAUCCAAAACUAAGUGAGCCACAUGAUAGGAAAAAAGUAA